AUUGGCUAAGGCGCGUGUCGCUCGCUCGCCAGGCCCCGCCUCCACCCGGAAGCUGCUGGUCAGGAGACUUGUUUAGUUUGAGGAGCCGCUUCUUCUUCUUCUUCUUCUUCUUCUUCUUCACGGAGCCGCAUCGCUUUGAUUAAAACAGUUUUGUCCUUUUCUCCGUCUCUUCUCUUUCCCCUUCUCCUCCGCCAUGGAUGAAACGAGUCCGCUCGUGUCUCCUCUGCGCGACUCCGCCGACUUCGGAGCUUUCCCCGCCGAGCCGGCGAGUCCCCGGGGCGGAUUUGGCGGCGCGCCGGGCACGGUGAUCCGCGUCCCGGCAGGGAGUCCCGGGCGCAGCCGGGAGAGGCAGCCGCUGCUGGAGCGAGACCGGGACCGGGGCGGAUCUCCGCGGGACCCGCACAGGAACGAGUUCCCGGAGGAUCCGGAGUUCAGGGAGAUCAUCCGCAAGGCGGAGAGAGCCAUCGAGGAGGGGAUCUACCCCGAGAGGAUCUACCAGGGAUCCAGCGGGAGCUACUUCGUCAAAGACUCGCAAGGGGUGAGGAGUGAGAAGGCGAAAAAAAAAACCCACACACGCAAUCAUUUCAUCUUAAACUCUUCAAUUAAUCACUUCCGGAAGAUCAUCGGCGUGUUCAAGCCAAAGAACGAGGAACCGUACGGUCAGCUGAACCCCAAGUGGACCAAGUGGCUGCAGAAGCUGUGCUGUCCCUGCUGCUUCGGUCGAGACUGCCUCGUCCUCAACCAGGGCUACCUGUCUGAGGCUGGAGCUAGCCUAGUGGACCAGAAACUGGAGCUCAACAUCGUGCCAAGGACCAGGGUGGUGUACUUGGCGAGUGAGACUUUUAACUACAGUGCCAUAGACAGGGUGAAGUCUCGGGGGAAGCGACUCGCUCUGGAGAAAGUGCCAAAAGUGGGGCAGCGCUUCCACAGGAUCGGCCUGCCGCCUAAGGUUGGCUCCUUCCAGCUCUUCGUAGACGGUUAUAAAGACGCCGAUUUCUGGCUGCGGCGGUUUGAGACCGAGCCGUUACCCGAAAACAACAACCGGCAGCUCCAGCUCCAGUUCGAGAGGCUCGUGGUGCUGGAUUACAUCAUCAGGAACACAGAUCGCGGCAACGACAACUGGCUCAUAAAGUACGACUGCCCCAUGGACACCUCAGGGAACAGGGACAAUGACUGGGUGGUGGUGAAGGACCCCAUCAUUAAAAUAGCAGCCAUUGAUAACGGCCUGGCGUUUCCGCUUAAACACCCAGAUUCCUGGAGAGCCUACCCGUUCUACUGGGCGUGGCUGGCUCAGGCGAAGGUGCCGUUCUCUCAGGAGAUCAGAGAGCUCGUCCUGCCCAAACUGUCCGACCCCAACUUCAUCAAGGACCUGGAGGAGGACCUGUACGAGCUCUUCAAGAAAGAUCCUGGUUUUGACAGAGGCCAAUUCUACAAACAGAUCUCAGUAAUGAGAGGACAGAUCCUGAACCUGAUUCAGGCCCUGAAGGACGGUAAAUCCCCCCUGCAGCUGGUUCAGACGCCCCCCGUGAUCGUGGAGACGGCUCGGGCGCCGCAGCGCGCCAACAGCGAGUCCUACACGCAGAGUUUCCAGAGCAGACGGCCGUUUUUCACGUGGUGGUGAUGCGUGCCGGCGUGGGUGUGGGCGUGGCUAACCCGAGACGUGCUGCUCUUCCUCGUGAACUGCAUUUGGGAAGGAACUGAACAGAGACAAUGCUUGGAUGAAAGAAGCAGAAGACCGCUUCCUUUUAGCCUUUUUUUCCCCCCGGAAUCAAAUCCGUGAUUCCUGCUCUUUAAAGAGGAACGUUACCUCAGUAAAGGUACACCGACCUGCCACACUGUUUGCACAUUUACGCACACACACGCACACACACACACGCCGAUUUACUGUAGUCACACCGGCGAUGGACGUGCGCAUAACCCUGCAGCUCUCGCGCUCGCCUGCACCGUCGCCCUCUGGCUGUGUGGAGGACGAACUGCAUGUCCAUAACGACGUAACCUAAACGUGUGCAACUGACAACAACGAACCGCCACAAAUUUAUCCCUGUAGAGCUUCUCAUGCUCUCUCUCACUCUUUUUAUUUUUUGUUUUAACAUCUUUGCAAACUUCUGUUGGAAUAAUGCAUUCGUCUGCCUCGCCAAUGUUUUAUUUUACAUGAUAUAUUUUUUCUACAUCACGUGCGUGCGGCUGUCCGAGUCCCGACUGAGCAUGUGCAGAAACACUGGACUGCGCCCCCUUUUUUUUUUUUUUUUUUUUGAAAAGCAGAUAUUUUUUAAUUAGCAAUGUAUUUACUUCACUGAGUCGAAGAAACUGACCUUAUAAUGUCAUGGCGAUGCACUGUAUAAAUUUGUAUGUAAUGUAAUUUAGCAAGAAAAUAUAAGCUAUAACAGGACCAGGAAA